CGUUCCCGCUUAGCCCUACUUCGUUGCUGAGAAUGUACAAAAUGUCACCGCACUCCCCUUAUGAUCCUUUGCAUCUUGUUCCUAAGCUGCUGAAUGAUCCAUGCCCGUCUUCUCUGGAUUCUAGAGGUGCGUUCAUCCUUCAGUUACCUUCUGCAAUCUACAUUUGGGUUGGUAGGCAAUGCGAAACCAUUAUGGAAAGAGAUGCGAAAGCUGCUGUUUGUCAGAUUGCUCGAUAUGAGAAAGUCGAAGCACCUAUUAAGGUGGUCAGAGAAGGCGAGGAGCCUACUUAUUACUGGGACGCUUUUGCAAGCAUUUUGCCUAUGGUUGGGGACUCGGUGGUUAAAAUUCAACCAGGUGAAAGGAAGGUCGACGCAUAUAAUCUGGAUUUUGAGAUAUUCCAGAAAGCAAUCCAGGGAGGUUUUGUGCCAACUCUGGCAUCAUCCAAUAACGAACAUGAGACUCAUCUUCCUGCAAGGGAAAACAGUUGGAGCUCACUGAAAUGCAAGUUUGCAUCAAGGUUUGAAAAAGGUUUUCGUUCUGCCUCCAAAGCGCCACUUUCCAGGGUCUAUUCUGACUCAAUGAUGAUCGUGCAUGCGUCAGGCUCACCUUCAUCAACGACCUCUUCAUCAUCGUCUGCUUCGCCUCCUUUUCUUUCUCCUGAUUCUGUGUGCCCACCAAAUUCAAGCAAUAGUCUAAAAGGGUUUUCACAAACUUCUGGGCUCUCUUCUUUGAGACCUUCUUCUAUUCCACCCCCUUUGGCAUUGCCUAAGUUUUCCAGCCUAUCUCUACUUCCUUCCCAAACUUCUCCACAGCCUUACACUGAACCGUCACCAAAUAGAAGGGUUUCACCUUCUCUUGCAGAGCGUAGAGGCAGUCUAAAAAAGUCUCUGAAGCUGCCAGGUUUAGCUGGUUCCAGUAGAGGCACAACGGGUUUCACUUUACAGCCGGAUGAUGGUAAUGACAUUGUCUUCAACUUGGAGGGUGUUAGAAAUGGUGAUCUCAAUCCAUUAAGCGAGUGCAAGGAGACAAUACCUUCUAGCAGAAUUGUAGAUUCAGAAUUGCCGCAGAACGAAAUGAGUAAAUGUGAUGAACACGAAUCAGGAAGUGGCGGCAACUUGGGCAAGCCGUUAGCAUGUCGGUGGCCAAGUAUGGAGAUGAUUACAGAACUGAGUAGAGCUUACUUAGAUUCGGAAUCUGCUAUAGGGAUUCAGUUGCCAAGUGAUGAUGUAGGAAAAACCGGUAGUAGGACUUUGUACAUUUGGAUAGGAAAGUCAUUCUCUUUGGAUAACAACUCUUCUCUGUUAGAUAGCAACACAACGUCGGGCACUGUGGAGAAUCUUGAUUGGGUAGAGAUUGGUGAAAUCAUUUUGUCUCAGAUGGACUUGCCAAAAGAUACCCCUAUAAAGAUAGUUAGGGAAGCUGAGGAUCAGACAGAGUUUCUUGCACUGCUGAGUGCGCUGUAG